AUUAUACUCUUUUUUUGGGAAAAAAAAUUCAAUUCGGUGCUUACUUUAAUUGAUAUUUUGGUUUCGGGUAGUUGUGCUCCUGUGGAAAUGUGACAAGUAUCAACUGCCCUAUCUUGAUUUUCUUUUACUUUUCCUGAACCAAGCUUAUUCAAUGGUUGAAUAAGAAUAUAUUCUUCUUUUACAGACACAUUGUCUCUCUCUCUUUCUUUUUCUACUGUGCAUUCAAAGGGUUUCUGGUGCUUGAUGUUGGUGGCAUAACGAUUUGAUCCGCUCAAUUUCAAGCUGGCCUGAGGCAUUGAAACUCCGAGCUCCAUCCUCAUGGGAAUGAUGACAGCAUCUUCGUUUCCAAUCUCUCAUGAAGCUUCCAAUUAUGAUGAGGUAUCUAUGCAGCAGAGCUUGCUCUUCUCGGAUAGUCUCAAGGAUUUAAAAAACCUGAGGACACAACUAUACUCAGCAGCUGAGUAUUUUGAAAUGUCAUAUACCAACGAUGACCAAAAACAAAUAGUGGUCGAAACAUUAAGAGAUUAUGCCAUAAAAGCUCUUGUGAAUACUGUGGAUCACUUGGGUUCUGUUACUUACAAGGUUAAUGAUCUCCUUGAUGAAAAGGUUGACGAGGUUUCUGGCACAGAGUUUCGUGUAUCUUGCAUUGAGCAGAGACUUCGAACAUGCCAAGAGUAUAUAGAUCAUGAGGGCCGCUCCCAACAGUCUCUGGUUAUCGAUACCCCCAAGUACCACAAGCGGUAUAUUUUGCCAGUUGGAGAGACAAUGCGUGGCUCUGAUGGUAGUAAAUUGAAGUAUGGUUGCAGCCUGGAUGAUGAGGAUGAGUGGCAUCAUUUCAAACAUGCCAUCCGAGCCACCAUAAGAGAUACUCCUACUCAAUCUUUUCCCAGUAAAGGUCGCUCUCGAUCACCAUCUCCUCGACCUCCUCAGCGAUCUGGAACCUUUUCUUUUACCUCCACUGUGCCCAAAAAAGAAUUAGAUAAACGGACAGUAUCACCAAACCGAUUCCCACUCUUGCGUUCUGGAUCACUCUCGAGCAGACCGGUGACUCCGAAAUCGAGUCGGCCGACUACCCCCAACCCAAGUAGGCCGACCACUCCAAAUCUUUCCAUCGUAGGUCGUCGAUAUCCUUCAGAGCCGAGAAAAUCUUUUUCGAUGCGAUUGCAUGCGGAGAGGGAGAAUGGUAAGCCGAUCGAUCAACACCCCAGCAAAAGCAAACGUCUACUCAAGGCUUUGCUUAGUCGCCGCAAGUCAAAGAAGGAUGACAUGCUAUAUACUUACUUGGAUGAAUAUUGAGCGAUAGAGGAUCAUCAAACAAAGAAAGGGCACAGAUGCAGAGGAAGGAGUAUCCAAUUGAUUUCUCUUCCUUUCUUUUCUUCUUUUUCAAAGCCAUGUUGUUGUCUGAUAAAUUUAUUUUUCCAGCAAUAGUUUUUUCGUUUUCACGAUCACGGUAUGUAGCAACCAGUUUUCUUAUGUAUGCUUACAGCACAACCUCGUGUUAUGGUAUGUUGCCUGUAUACUUUUACAUGACCGCCCAGUAAGCAGUACCUGGUGUAAGUAUCAACGUUACAU